AUGUCUAAAGAUCAACAUGAUUUGAGGCGGGAACUCAGUGAACUAAUAAAGAAGCGCGCAGAAAUCGCGGAAACUCUUGAGGCGCUAGAAAACCAAAUAUAUAAUUUUGAAGGAUCUUAUCUUGAAGAGACGGCAGAGUAUGGGAAUGUUAUAAAAGGAUGGGACCGGUACGCCCUUGCAAUGCCUCCUUCAAAAUCUGGAGUAAAACUGGAUAAGAAGUUAGCAUCACGGAAGGCAGAUAAAGAUGCAGAUCGAUUAUUUUCCUACUCGUCAGUAACAUCACCUGCCGCCUUGAAACAUGCGCAGCAACCGCCUCCUCCUAGUAUAACCUCCUCUGGAGCACCACUAACACCAACGAUGCUAAAAAAUGAUAACGUAGAAGAUGAAUCAUCUCGAGAAAUGAGAAGAUCCAAGAAGAGAAAAGCGGAGCCGGAUUACUAA